GUGAGGAGACUCUACCGUGGACUACCACAGCAGCUUUUAACUGCUAAUGUGUGCUGUGGGUAAACAACGUUUAAAUGUAGUCAUUUCAUCUCCAGUGGUCCACUGGUAGGAAAGGAUCAAUUACCAAACCCAUACCGAAUAUCAAUCCCAAUCUGAUAGCUAGCCGAGUCGACUGUGUUAGGCAAUUCCACAGGCAAAUCGAAGCGAAUACCCUGCUCAGCCCAUACCAACUAAAGCUGAUGUUCUCAAGGACACGAGUCACGUGAUGUAUGAGGGCAAACACAUACACUUCUCGGAGGUAGACAAUAAGCCAUUGUGCUCGUACAGCCCCAAGCUCUGCAAGCAGCGCAGACUCAACGGCUAUGCCUUUUGCAUCCGCCACGUUCUCGAGGACAAGACCGCUCCCUUCAAGCAAUGUGAAUAUGUGGCCAAGUACAACAGCCAGCGAUGUACCAACCCCAUCCCCAAAGCUGAGGACCGCAGAUACUGUAACAGCCACCUGCAGGUGCUGGGUUUCAUCCCCAAGAAAGAGCGCAAGAAGAAGCACGAUGCUCUGGAGGAGAUGCGCGGUGGGGGCGGGGGUGGGUCCGGGGGUGGGCGCUCCCACUCCCAUCUGGACUCGGUGGCCCUCAACAUCACGGUGCCUGGUGCCGCCUCCCUGGUGCUGAAGGCCUCCAAUGGCCUCGACGUGGACUCGCCUCCCUCGCCCCCUUGCUCCCGCCUGCUGGCCCUGCCCGAUGGCGACGGGGAGCACCUGGACCCUUUCGCCUUCUACGAGGAGGAGGCGGAGCACGCCGCCGCCGCCGCAGCAGCAGAGGAGGGCACGCCCACGCCGCGUAAGGGCUCGUCAGCCAAGAGGAAGCCCCAACCGGGACGCCUGCUGCUCAGCCAGAGAUUGCCUCCUCCUCAGCCUGCUCCCCCUCCGCCGCCUCCUCCCACCCCGCCACCACCGACGCUGCCGCCAUUGCCGCUGGAUGCCCAGGCCCUCCAGUCGCGAUCAGAGCACUUUAGCCCUUCCUCAGCGCAGCCUGGGCCACACCCACACCCCCACCCGCACCCUCCUCCUCCCCGGUGCCCUCCCCAGCUCGCAGGCCUCCAGCACACCCCCACCAGACUCCUCCAGCUGCCCAAGCACUCUGGCAGCGUGCCCUCCUCCUCGUACUCGCGCCAGGGCGCCACCGCUCAACAAGGUUUAUUAUGCAAGCCAGCACCACCUCACUCUGGUCCGUCACUGCCUCCUCCUGCUGCGCUGGUGCCCAGCAGCGUGGCGCCCAGCCCCGGGCAGCAGUCGUGUGCCCCCUCCUCCUCCUCCUCCUCCUCCCUCGGUAGGAAAGGCCUGCUCACUGCCACGCCCACCUCCACCUCCACCUCCGCCACCUCGCUGUCUGGCACGCUGGACUCUGUGCAGCGCCACCUGGUGGCCAUGCGAACUGCCUCCUUCUCCGCGCCGCCGGCCUGCCUGCAGCGCCUCAAGCACCUGGUGCAACUCUGCUCCCAGAGGCACGCGCUGCACGGAGACCUCUUCUCUCACCUGGGGUUGGACUGGUCAGAAGACAGCGAAGAGGAUGACUGUGAAGACUUCCAGACCAUUUCAGCUUUCAGAGUCUCCGGGACGUUACAGGAAGCAACCAUGCAAGACCACAGCUCUGAGAAGGAUGGCGGGGGGUCCCGGAGGGUGCGGCUGGCCCGCCUCUGCGCGCUCCUGCAGGACAAGUACAAGCACCUGUGCAGGCAGGAGAGGGCCGCCCUGCGCCAGAAGAGACACCACUAUGCCUUCCGCAAAGCCCUGCUGCACGCCGCCAACAAGGACCCAGACUGCACAGCCCAGCUCAUCCAGGCGCUCUGCAAGAUGUCCCGAGCCUCCUCUUCCUCCUCCUCCUCCUCCUCCUCCUCCUCCCCCUCAUCAAGUGCAAAGCAAGUGAGAGUCGGCACGAAGGCAUCUGCAGGACUGUGCGCGGGGAGCACGAAGAACCAGGCCUGCACAAACAGAGCCCUGCCCUUCACUCAACACUGCUUCCAGCACAUCCUGCUGAACCGCUCCCAGCAGCUCUUCUCCAGCUGCACUGCCAAGUUUGCUGACGGGCAGCAGUGCUCCAUCCCCGUCUUCGACAUCACACAUCAGACGCCACUCUGUGAAGAACACGCCAAAAAGAUGGAUAACUUCCUGAGAGGUGAUGGGAACAGACGCCUCCAGCAGCAGCAGCAGCAGCAGCAGCAGCUUCAUCAGCAGCAACUGCACCUCCUCCAUCAGCACCACAACCACCACCACCACCACCAGCAGCAACUACAACAGCAACAACAACAGCAGCAACAGCGUAAGCCACGCAAGAAGACCAAACCGCCCGCACUCACCAAGAAACACAAGAAGAAGCGGAGGAGAGGAGGGCCAGGGCCCCGGCGGCCCCAGAAGCCCAUCCCGCCCGCGCUGCCCCAGGGCAACCUGGCCAUGCCUUCCAUCCUGGCCCUACCCACCAAUCCCAACGCUGCCACUGUCAGGGCUCCCUCAACGCCGGAGCUGAGCACGGACGAGCUGCCCGACGACAUCACCAAUGACAUAGCGGACAUUCCAAACGACCUGGAGCUCAACCAGGAGGACUUCUCGGACGUCUUGCCCCGCCUUCCCGACGACCUGCAGGACUUUGACCUGUUUGAAGGUAAGAACGGGGAGCUGCUGCCCACCACGGAGGAGGCGGAGGAGCUGGUGAGGGCGCUUCAGGCCAUGGGCUCCUACCCCAUGGGCGACUCCCUGCCCCUGCCCCUGCCCCUGGUGUGCCUGUCCUCCAUGGGGGAGCUGGCCGUGGGCGUGGGGGUGGGGGCGCCCGGGGGCGUACACGGGGCCUCCGUCUCGGCCAGCAUGGGAGACCUGCUGAACGGCCGGCUGCCCUCGGAGAACUUCGCCGUCGGGCUGGAGCUGGUGGAGGAGAACCUCCUGCACUCUGCUGCUGCUGCUGCUGCUGCUGCCGACGCACACUUCCCCUCCUCUCCUCCGUCGCCACCAACCCCCCCUCCGGCCUCUGGCCGCCACCCGCCCGUCUCUGCCACCAUCACCGCCGCCGCCUCUUCCAUCCCAUCCUCCUCCUCCACGUUGUCCAGCCUGACGUCCCCCCCCACCACGGCCCCCCAAACACCCAGCGACCCCCAGAGGACGUUCCCGCUCCCACUCCCACUCCCACGCCCCCCGGCUCUGGCCACGCACGCCCUGCCGAAGCCGGAUGCGGCCGGUUCCACGGCAGCCUCGUCGGUGGCCGGCCCCUUCAUCAGCAGCAGCGAACUGGUGCCCUCCCCGUACUCCGAACACAUGACCUCCCCUAACCACCACACCCACGCCCACACCCACACCCACGCCGGCUCCCUCCAGGCCGAGUCCUCGCUCCUGCUGGAGGUGCCUCUGAGCGGGCUGCCCGGUGCUCCGCGACCCCCCUGGAACCAGCUGCCCCACUCCCACUCCCUUUCCCUGGCGGACCCCUCGCCCUACGGCAGUCUGAUGGGCCCCGACUCUGGUCACCUGCUGUCCACCUCCCUGUCCACGCCACCCUCCACCACGCACCCAGCAGCGCUGCAGCCCACAGCUGCUCUCUCGGCCCUCCCUCAGGGCGCCCUUACGGGCCUGGGCUCCCCGCCUGUGCCCGCCCCUGCUCCCUCCUCCUCCUCCUCCAUCACCACCACCACCACCACCUCCACCCCCACCCCCACCUCCAUCUCCACCUCCAUCUCCUCCCCGCCUUCGCCCUCCCCGACGUUGGAGCUCGUCAGCUCGGUGCAGCAGCCCAAGCAGCAGCAGCAACAGCAGCAGCAGCAGCUGCUGCCGCAGUUCAGCGCCGUCUUCGGCCACCAGCUGGCCUCUGCCCACAGCAGCGGCAUCCCCAAGGACGUGCAGCCCAGCCACAGCUCCACGGCGCCCCCAACAGGCUUCUCCAUCACCAGUGCCACGGCUGCAAGUGCCAACAGCCUCGCUGCUCCUUCCCCCUUCCCGCACGCUAACUGACAAGUGGUAGGGGGAGGGAGGCCGAGAACGAAAGAGUGAGAGUGAGAGCGAGAGCGAGAGAGAGAGCGAGAGAGAGAGAGGGGUGUUGUCUGUCUGGUG